AUGGCUACGCUUCUGAGUCCCAAGGUACGCGAAGCGUACUCACUCAAAGCGGAAGAACACUAUACGCCGCGCGCCAUUCGCAUCUACUGUGUCGAUGAGCAAUGUCGCUUAUUCAUCCCGAAAAGCUGUGUGGAAAACAACCAUGUAUACGAUGCGACAAUGAUCGAGUUCAUUGCCAUCGCCGAAGCUGCUACCUUUGCUACAGCCUGGGUUUAUGAGCUCAAGUUCCACAAACUCCUCAGUCUACCACCCGAGCUACGCCUCAAUGUUUAUACCCAUGCUCUAUCGACGGUCGCACGCUGCGGAUGCGGAACCAACACCGAUUCGGCCGGCACGAUUCAAACAGGAUACCGCAUCGAGAUUACAGCAAAGACUAAAAACCACAAUCUUACGAAGAUCAUGGAGGUCUUUCAGUUUCUAUUCUACCUAUGGCUGCUUUUCACAGACGUCGCCAUUGCCGUUGCCAACAUCACGGUCGCCAACUUAUCGUUAUCGAGAUCGAUGUCGCAUCUUCUGAUACCAUCCAAUGCGCGCAUAUCCGCAGUGGCAUACAAGGAAAGGCUGAGAGACACAUAUCUUGGGCUCGAAACCGCCUUCACGACGGAUGAGAUGAUAGCCAUACUUGCGUCCUUGUACCCUGCUCAAAGCCAGGAGUCGCUCCUUGGAACUCUAGUUCGUUGCAAUGGUUCUAUCGAACAAGCGAAAGAAGUCCUCGCAGAAGAGGCCCGCGCAAACGCCCCCAGAGUUUUUGUUGAUCUCACUCUCUAG